AUGCUCAUCGACAUUGUGAUUACCGUCCUACCAACGAUCAUCCUUCACCGAGUCCAGAUGACUCGCACAAGGAAAAUGAAUGCCAUUCUAGCUUUCGCCGGCAGAAUGCUCGUCAUCCCGGUAACAAUUCUGCGCCUGGUAAACAUAUUCGCGUCGAACAACUCGCCAGACCCAACAUUUGACUAUUUCAAUAGGGCUUUGUUCACGGUAAUUGCCACGACCUGCAGUAUUGUCUUCGCGUGUACAUCUUUUAUCAAGCCAUUCCUAGACAGCGUCGAGACAGGCCUGUUGGCAAGCAAGCUGCGAAACCCAAGACUAGGCAGGUCGCAGGAUUCGUCGCAUUACACGAAGCUUCAGUGCGCGAGAUAUGUGUUCAAGCCCAGAGGAAACGUAACUGAGGGAACAUGGUCUCCACUUGUUUCUAGCGCCCAAAAUGUGUCGGCGUUCCCAGAAUCUUAUGCGCUAUCCAACACUUCUGAGGCACAAACCUGGGCUGAACCGGUACCUCAGGGCCAGGAAAGCUCGAAUGACGGCAUCACUCCACAUCAGAUGUACAUUACACGCGCCACGGAUUUUGAGCAUCCAGGAAGGAGCACGAACGCAACUUCACGGAAUCCGUUCGCGCCUCUGCAAAACAAUCCGGGCCCGCAAGGAGGCCCGAAUCCUCUUCGAGGAAGUUCAACGACACGAGAUCUACCUUACAAGCUUGACAAAGCUACGAUAACCAAUGAUCUGUCGAAAGAGAGGCCUCAAUGGAUUCUAUCGGCUUACGGUCCAGGCAGAGAUGCACCUCUGCAAUUGUUCGGCGGCCACCCGCGAGAACAGAGCUUCGAGGAGCUACGACUUCGUCAUUACGAACUGGCUGCUCAAGGCAACCAACAACAAGCUGUCCAAGAGGCUCAAGCGCUAGUAAACAACGCAGAGCAGCAGAUUCAGACUGCCCUCAACGACGUUGACGGAGCAGUCAAGUACAUGAUCAAUGGAGAAAAUGAGCACCCUAAUCGACUGGACGUCUGUAAAGCAAAGGGUGCUACGCCGACCCAACCACAAAUAUCAGCCCCAAACCAGCAAACCACGUCAACCUUCGGCCAGCCUUCCAGCUCAGCAUCGGCUCUUGGUCAACCUGCUGCACCAUCAGCAUUCGGCAGACCUUCAGUGACUCCAUUUGGCCAACCUCCUGCACCUGCUUCGACCUUUGGCCAGCCCUCUGCACCUACCUCGACCUUCGGUCACCCAUCAGCACCAACGUUCGGUCAGCCGAGCCAAGCUUCAACACUCGGCCGUCCAACGACUAGCUUUGGGCAGCCGUCCUUGACUUUCGGCAGUCCCUCAAUCCCCGCCACGACAUUUGGCCAGCCUUCCGCUCCAGGCCCUUUCGGAGCACCACAACUACAACCGAACACCUUCGUAAAUCCAUCGGGAACAGAUUUCCCUCCGCAGCCAUCAGCAGCUGCCAAAAAUCCCUUCGGUCAGCCAUUGGCCCCCACACAGCCCUCCACAUUCGGACAGCCAUCAGCUCCGUUACAACCGAGCGCAUUUGGAAGACCGUCGAUACGGAAUCCCUCCCCUGCCUUUAGUCAGCCGGCGACAUCUGGAGCAAAUAAUGGGUUCUCACAAAGCUCAACAGCACCUCCGAAUCCGUUAGGUCAGCCUACUGCGCCUUCGAAAACAGGCAUCUUCAAGCAGCCAUCAAUUGCGGCACCGAACCCUUUUGGCCAGAGGAGGAGUUCCACUGCUAAUCAACCUGUUCCCUCGUCUAGCCAACCUUUUGGCCCUUCUAACACAGUACAACCAUAUACUGGUCCAGCAGCAAACCCCGCAAAUGUCAAAUCCACAAGCGGACAAGGAACGAACGGUGUCCAAGUCCAAAAGGAUUCGCAGGGCAAGAUAACGAGUUGGAAGGGCACGCCCGUAAGAUACUUCGAUGACGAGCCGUGCUACAAGGGCAAUGAUGGUAGUUGGCAGAGAAUAUGGUUUCCCGAUGGACCACCCGUCUUCACGAAGACUGUAGACCUUCCUGAGGAAGCAUACGAUGAGGCAACGAAAGCAAAUUACAGACAUCUGAAACAGACUGGGACUUUCAAGGAUGGAAUCAUGCCAACUCUCCCACCAAAGAGGGAUUGGUGCAGUUGGAAUUUUUAA